UGCAUGCCAUUCAGGUUCCCGUUUCUCCAUCUCCACCGCACCCCUGCUCCAUAACCAAUCAAUGGAAUCUGCUCCUAAGUUCAGCCAUGGCGACAAUGUCCUCCAUUCCAAAGAAUUAUUGGCACAUCUUCGCGGGACUCUAUUCCAACUUCAAACCUUUUUCGUUCUCAUUCUCAUAAUUUUCGUUGAAACUUAUAUUUUCCUAAAAGGAUGGAAUCCCAUUUGUCAUAUCUUCCUCCUACUUUCUUGUUAUGUUGUCUUCAUCAUCAUUAAGCAUUCCAUCCUGAAGGCUCCUCGUCCAGUCUAUUUAGUUGACUUCUCAUGCCUUAGACCACCAAGCUUCUGCAGGAUUCCCUUCUCCUUUUUCCUUGAAAAUGCCACGUUGAUGGGUAUUUUUGACAGCGAGAGUCUCAUUUUCAUGGCUAAGACUCUCAAAUCUUCUGGACAGAGUGAAGAAACAUGUCUCCCUCCUGCUCUGCAUUUCAUUCCACCCAAAACCCAUCAACAGGAAUCCAUUAAUGAAGUCCACAUGGUGCUAUUUCCAGUUAUGGACGAUCUUUUAACCAAAACCCAUCUCUCUCCACCUGACAUUGAUAUUCUCAUCGUUAACUGCAGUGGCUUUUGUCCUUCUCCUUCCCUCUCCUCCAUAAUUAUCAACAGAUACUCCAUGAGAAGCGAUAUUAAGAGCUUCAAUCUCUCUGGAAUGGGGUGCAGUGCAAGUGCUGUGGCCAUUCAUUUAGCAGAAAAUCUACUUCAGGUUCACGAGAACUCAAAUGCCGUAGUGCUCAGUACUGAAAUUCUAUCAAACGGUUGGUAUGCAGGAAAGGAACCCUCCAGAUUAAUUCUGAACUGCUACUUCCGCAUGGGCGGUGCAGCUAUUCUGCUCACCAACAGAAAAGAGGCGAAAGAUUAUUCAAAAUACAAACUAUUCAAAUCACUUCGAACCCUGACAUCCUUCGACGAUAAGAGUUACCUUUCAGCCAUGCGGGAAGAGGAUAAGGACGGAAAACUCGGGGUGUCUGUGACACGAGACACGCUACAGGUUUUCCCAGAAACUCUCCGGAUAAACAUAACCCUUCUUGGUUCAUCAAUCCUGCCAUUAUCUGAGAAACUAAAACACGUGAUUUCGAGGCUACGGAAGCGAUUCUUGGACAAAUCCCAAGAAAUUUACAUACCAAAUUUCAAGACUGUGAUCAAUCAUAUUUGCUUGCCGGUAUCAGGAGGUGCAGUGAUAAGGGCGAUCGGGAAAGUUCUGAAGCUGAAUGAUAAAGACCUGGAAGCGGCAUUGAUGACUCUGCAUAGAUUUGGGAACCAGUCUUCCUCUGCGUUGUGGUAUGAACUUGCGUAUUUCGAAGCAAAAGAAAGAGUUAAGAAAGGAGACAAAGUUUGGCAAAUUGGGAUGGGUACUGGGCCCAAAUGUGUUAGUUUGAUCUGGGAAUGCAUCCGGCCCAUUUCCGGGGAGUCCAAGAAGGACCCAUGGGCCCAAGUCAUCCAUCAGUAUCCCAUCUCAGGCCCAUCAACUUAGAUCUUGCACUGUCCACUUACCUUAUUAUUACUAUUAUUAUUAAUUCUAUAAACUCACUUUAAUACUGCGGUGAAUUAUGCAUCUAUUUUAUAAUGUAGCAUGAAAAGCCUUGUACCCUUUAG